GUAUUAUUCAUCUUCGUGAAACUUCCUUUUGCUGCAGCUGUUGUCUUCUGUAUUUGGUAUGCAUCGUUGGAUAUUUUUGUAUACAUUAUUAGGCUAACAGUAACCAUGAAAAUGUAUAAUCAUGAAAAUGUGCCAAAUAAUAUUUAAUAAGUAAGGUUUUGAAGAAAAAGGGAAUAAAUAGGCUAUGAUUGAUCUUAAUAUUUAGUUGGCUUUGUUUGAGUAAUGUUUUAGUCUUUCCUCCACAUUCUACAUCAGUAAUGUAAGAUUAAAUACAAAACAAAAUGAAACUAAAAAACCAUAUCACUCACUAGUCAGUGGUCACUACCAUGCGUAGGUAAUUUAAUUUACUGGGCCUCACUCAUAUUCACUAGUGACCUCCAGCGAGUCCAAUUACACCACUAAUAACACCUUCGUGAUUCCGUCUCGUAUCUGAAACGACGUGGCGCCAUGUCAUCGCCAUUAAUUUAUUUGUUUAUCCUAUGAUAAGUCGCAUUGUGGGCUAACAAAAAGCCCAUAUCAGAUAUUUACAUACGGGCCCACGUGUCGUUGAUCCAAUUGCUAUUAUGCGCGAAAUCUCACCGCCGUUCACGUUAACAUACUCCAAACCCUUUACGAGCUAUCUCUCUCCCUACCUCCUUCGCCGGGAAAAGUUUAUUUCCUCAGAAAGUUUCUUACUCGAAAAAAAUCUCGUCUUCGUAUCUGAAUCAGAGCAUUCAGUAUGGGAAUUCAAUUAUUUGACAAGGCGGAUCUAUGGAAGAGUUUGCUGCUGCUAAAGGUCCAGCUCCGUGAUCGAUUUCGAAUCGCCGUCGACGAUCACCGUGGCAGAGCCGCGGUUUUAUAUACGGACGGUUACUUCUCCUCCUCCAUCCACCGCUUGGCUGCUCGAUUCCGGAACUUCCGCCGCGAGUCUCUCCCUUCUGCCCCCGCUUUCUAUCGCAGAAGAGUACCUAAAGAUUUGACGGCAGAAGAAGAGUCUGCUAUCUUCCGGAUGCUUCAAGCUGUGGCUGUUCCACUUAUUGGAAACGCUUGUCAUGUUUUCAUGAAUGGUCUUAACCGUGUUCAGGUGUAUGGUUUGGAGAAGUUGCAUGAUGCUCUGCUCAACAGACCAAAGAACAAGCCUCUUGUAACGGUUAGCAAUCAUGUGGCAUCCUUGGAUGAUCCAUUUGUCAUUGCUUCGUUACUUCCGCCUAAGCUUCUACUCGAUGCUCGUAAUUUGAGGUGGACGCUUUGUGCUACAGAUAGAUGCUUUAAGAACCCUGUAACUUCAGCUUUCUUUCGAUCCGUCAAAGUUUUGCCAGUUUCUCGCGGUGAAGGAAUUUAUCAGCAGGGAAUGGACAUUGCGAUUUCGAAAUUGAAUAAUGGUGGAUGGGUUCACAUAUUUCCAGAAGGUAGUCGCUCUCGGGACGGUGGCAAGACUAUGGGCUCAGCAAAAAGAGGUAUUGGAAGGUUGAUUUUGGACGCAGAUACCCUCCCUAUGGUUGUUCCAUUUGUGCAUACUGGUAUGCAAGAUAUAAUGCCUAUAGGAGCCAGUGUUCCACGGAUUGGCAAAACAGUGACAGUGAUCAUUGGAGAUCCUAUUCCCUUUAAUGACCUUGUAGACACUGAAGGAGCCAAACACGUUUCAAGGAAGCAGUUGUAUGACACUGUAUCUUCCAGGAUAGGACAAAGAUUGCACCAGUUGAAGCAACAGGUUGAUAAAGUAUCUCUGGGAGCACACUAUUCAGAAGAAUCACCAGCCCUUCUUGGUAAACAAAUUUCCCAAACCGACGUCGUCUCAAAUGGUUUGGAUUGUCAGGUUCCUAAAAGGGGAUUGCCAUCCGAAGGAAGCAUCAGCCUGAAGGUUAAGAGGUUUCUGGACUCUACAGAGAUCAUGGGGUUUGCGGCUAAAGGGUUGUUUCAGAGCAAUUACAAGAGUAGGGAUGAAUCUGCAAACUAUGGUGAAAUCCGGGGUUUAAAGGCAUGGAGAGAGUAUUAUGAUGUAAACAAUGGAUUACAAAAACUCGAUUACACUUACUAAUUUGCAUUAUGAUCAUUAGUUUAGUUACAGAAGCUCGGUUUUGAAUAACAGAAUUUUAUGGAUAAAUGUGCUGUACUUAAUGCUUGUGCUAAUCUGAUCACCUAGCAUUGGAUCUUA